AUGUUUCGGGUAUACUUCGAGAUCAAUGAUCACACAAGGAGUGAAAGAUGCGCCGAAAUAGCUGUUUCACUAUCGCACGACACUGGUAACGCGAUGAUAGAAGCAUUCUUCAGCGUAAGUCUGGCAAAAAUGUAUUUUGACCAAAGACGGCUUGAAGAGUCAGAAAAAUUUUGCGAGAGAGCAAUCAGAAUCUUAAAGGUAAUUAGGGAGAGAGAAAUAGAAGCCGAAGCCUACACUUGUCUCGGACGUGUUUCCCACAUGCAAAGAAAAUAUCAAAAGGCAAAAGGGAAUUUCGAGAAGGCACUUGCCAUCCACAUAGAAAUUAGAGACAAGAAGGGAGAAGCAGACGCUCGCACAAACCUAGGAGCAGUGUUACAUUCACUUGGUGAAUAUCAGAAGACUAAAGAAUAUUUUGAGAAAGCACUUGCCAUCUACAUGGAAAUUAGAGACAAGAAGGGAGAAGCAGACGCUCGCACAAACCUAGGAGAGGUGUUACGUUCACUCGGUGAAUAUCAGAAGGCUAAAGAAUAUUUUGAGAAAGCACUUGCCAUCUACAUGGAAAUUAGAGACAAGAAGGGAGAAGCACACGCUCGCACAUGCCUAGGAGAGGUGUUAUAUUCACUUAGUGAAUAUCAGAAGGCUAAAGAAUAUUAUGAGAAAGCACUUGCCAUCUUCAUGGAAAUUAGAGACAAGAAGGAAGAAGCACACGCUCGCACAAACCUAGGAGCGGUGUUAUAUUCACUUGGUGAAUAUCAGAAGGCUAAAGAAUAUAAUGAGAAAACACUUGCCAUCAGCAUGGAAAUUAGAAACAAGGAGAUAGAAGCACACGCUCGCAAAAACCUAGGAGUGGUGUUACGUUCACUCGGCGAAUAUCAGAAGGCUGAAGAAUAUAGUGAGAAAGCACUUGCCAUCUUUAUGGAAAUUAGAGACAAGAAGGGAGAAGCACACGCUCGCACAAACCUAGGGGUGGUGUUAUAUUUACUUAGUGAAUAUCAGAAGGCUAAAGAAUAUUUUGAGAAAGCACUUGCCAUCAGCAUGGAAAUUAGAAACAAGGAGAUAGAAGCACACGCUCGCACAAACCUAGGAGAAGUGUUUGAUUUCCUUGGUGAAUAUCAGAAGGCUAAAGAAUAUCACGAGAAAGCACUUGCCAUCAGCAUGGAAAUUACAGACAGGAGGGGAGAAGCAGACGCUCGCUCUAACCUAGGAAGUUUGUUAUUUUCACUUGGUGAAUUUCAGAAGGCUAAAGAGUAUUUGGAGAAAGCACUUUCCAUCUUCAUGGAAAUUAGUGGGAGACAGGGAGCAAUGAAAUGUUUCAUUGGACUCGGAAGUUGCUUUCUUUCGCUUGGAAAAUAUCGGGACGCUCACGAACAUGGGGAGAAAGCACUCUCUAUUGCGAUGGAAACCGGUGACAGAGCAGGAGAAGCGGCAGCGUAUGGUAUCCUUGGAGAGGUUCGGUAUUCCUUACUUGAUUAUCAAAUGGCCAAAACAUACAACGAGAAGCAAAUUUUUAUCAGCACUGAGAUUGGUCGCAGACUUCUAGAGGCAACGGCAUACCUGGCAAAAGCAAGGAUUCUUCAACAUGGCAAACAAAACAAAGCUGUAGAAUGCAUUGAGAAGGCGCUCUUAAUAUGUGGUACUAUUGGCGACAUUAGAGGCAAUUUUGCAGCCCUAGCUCAACUCUCUUACAUUAAAGUAUUGCAAUCAAAGUUCCAGGAGGCGGAGUCUCAUCUUCAUGAAUGUAUUGCCAAGUAUGAAAAAUUGCGACAUUCCUUGCACGGAAACGAGCAGUUUCAAGUAUCUCUUUUAGAUACUAGAGGACUUUUUCCAUACAAGAUGCUUAGUGAAUUGCUUUGUCAUUCCAGAAAUCCUAAAGAAGCACUUUAUGUCGAGGAGCUGGCACGGGCUAGGUGCUUGGCAGAAUCUAUGGCACUCAACUUUUCCGCUGAAAAUCACAUCUCAUCUGAUCCCAAAUCAUGGUUCAGGAUUGAAGAGAUUUCAAGAGAAGAAGAGAACUGUACUUUCCUGUACAUUUCGUAUUAUUAUCGAAAAGUUCGAUUGUGGGUUUUGAAAAGUAACGGAGACACUUUAUUCCGAUCUUCCGAAGUAGUGGAUGACAAGACUCUCAUAGCGGAGAAAGCUUUCAAUUUAAAUAGCUUUUUCGACCAAGAUCUCCGCGGCUUUGGAAUUUUACCUGCCCAUAAAUGCGAAGAUCGAUCUUUGAGUGAAACCAUGCCGAUAUCACUUCACGACCAGAGCGAAGCAGAUUUGCGAGGAGAGGAAACUCCAGAAACUACAAGAAGACUUAAUUUGUGUUCCAAACUCAUCAUCACUCCAGUGGCCGAUCUACUUACAGAGCCAGAGAUCGUUAUUGUACCCGAGCGUAGCUUGUACCGAGUCCCAUUUGCAGCCUUAAGAGACAAAUCAGACGGUAGAUACAUAUCGGAGACUCACAGGAUUCGCAUCGUCCCUUCCUUGACGACUCUUAAGCUCAUUCAGGACUGCCCAGCAGAUUUUCACAGCGAGACCGGUGCAGUAGUUGUUGGUGACCCCAAGGUAGGAAAGGUGUAUUACAUGGGAGGUGAAAGGACAUUUGUACCAUUGCAUUGUGCAAGAAAGGAAGCAGAGAUUAUCGGAGAACUGCUCGGAGUUCAGCCUUUGUUGGGAGAGCGUGCAAAGAAGCAGGAAGUACUUCAAGCGAUGAAUUCAGUGAGUUUGAUUCAUAUUGCUGCCCACGGUAACGCCGAAAGAGGAGAGAUUGCCCUCUCCCCCAGCCUUGCCACUAACACUAUUCCAGAGGAGGAGGACUACCUUUUGAGGAUCUCUGAUGUAUCACAAGUUAAGUUGCGAGCCAAACUGGUAGUACUCAGCUGUUGUCACAGUGGACGUGGAGAAAUUAAAGCCGAGGGAGUUAUUGGAAUCGCUCGAGCGUUCCUAGCAUCCGGCGCACGUUCAGUGUUGGUGACAUUGUGGGCCAUAGAGGACGAAGCAACAGAGAAGUUUAUGAGGCGUUUCUACAGACACCUUGUUGAUGGAGAUAGUGUCAGUGAAUGUCUUCAUCAGGCCAUGAAAUGGCUGAGAAGCAACGGCUUUCCCAAAGUUUCCCAGUGGGCUCCGUUCAUGUUGAUUGGAGAUAACGUGACAUUUGACGUCAAGAAACAAAGGUUAGUUUUAUUUCCGAAAGGUCACUAG